AAUCUAUCCGUCCCCUCUCUUUCCUUUAGGUUUCAGAUAUCAUGUUGGCCCUGGAAGAAAUCCUGAGGGAACUGGCCGGAGAUGAAGUGAACGAGCACGGUUUGCCUCCAGGUUUCAGGUUCCACCCUACUGAUGAAGAGCUCAUCACUUUUUACCUUGCUUCCAAAGUCUUCAAUGGCACCUUCUGUGGAGUCCAGAUUGCUGAAGUUGACCUCAACAGAUGCGAGCCUUGGGAGCUUCCAGAUGUGGCGAAGAUGGGCGAGAGAGAAUGGUACUUCUUCAGCCUGAGGGACAGGAAGUACCCGACAGGGCUGAGGACAAACAGAGCUACCAGCGCCGGCUACUGGAAGGCUACCGGAAAAGACAGAGAAGUAUACAGUGCGGCCACCGGUGCCCUCCUCGGCAUGAAGAAAACCCUCGUCUUCUACAAGGGAAGAGCUCCCCGUGGGGAGAAAACAAAGUGGGUUAUGCAUGAGUACCGUUUGGACGGUGAAUUCUCUUGCCGUCACACGUGCAAGGAGGAAUGGGUGAUAUGCAGAAUAUUUCAUAAAAGUGGAGAGAAAAAGAAUGGUAUUUCACUUUCACAAGGACAAAGCUAUCUUUUGGAAGUCACUUCAUCAUCUCCAUCUGCAUCCCACCUUCCGCCAUUGCUUGAAACAAACCAAACACCGUUAUUGGAUUCUCAAGCUCAAUCUCCAAUGCAGCCGAAUUGCAAUCCUUACUUGCAGAUUCAGAAUCAAAAUGAAAAUGACCUCAAAAGCCUAAUAAUGAACCCAAUUGUCCCUCACUCUUCAGUACUCUUUCCCAUUAAUGGCCACCACCAAAACCCUCCCUUUUCUAGACACAACAACAACAAUCCGUCCGCAUCCAUGCUCUUCAAGUCCCUGCUCUCACAUCAAGACUGCAUCUUCAAGGAACCCAAACAGUGUAAAACAGAGAGCAGCUUUUCCCAUUUCCAAUUGGGUCCUGCUGAUUCAUGGAUCCAUCCAAAUCCCUUGUUUUUUGAGAUGGAUGUUAUGGCUGAGGAGGCUGCUAGUGUACAAGAGAUGUCUACUUCAAUUGCUAUCAACAGGGUUGGAUUUCCCGGCAUCAAAAUGUCUGCUGAAUCUUGGCCACUGGACUCCUAAAGAUCUUCUAGUUGGUAUUGGGACAUCACAUAUGACAUACCACUAAAGAAUCUUAUGUAGGAUUUACUUGUUGUCCAUGCACGAUGCAUAUGUAACUAUCAGUACCAAAUCUAUGUAAGAAGGGUAGAUUUUCGUUGUGCUUAUAUUAUGUAUAAUUAAUUGUAUUAUUGUACAACCAAACUGGUAGCGCUUUUGUUUAUUACUUUAUGGAGGUGAGCAGGUAAAACAAGGGGGAGGGGGAUGUGAUAAGGUGGUGAGAUGAACUGUAUAUAAUAAUUGACAUCAGCUUUA